AUGUCUCGCUACCAGAACUCACCAGCUGUUACUGCUGCUAACACUGCUAUGGCGGUGAACAACUUGACCAACGGGGGCUAUCCAGCAAUGAACGCAAACGCGCCAUAUAACGGCACACCUUCUAACAGAUCUAGCUCGAACAUGACCAGUCGUGACGAUUCUACCAUUGUGGGAUUACACUACAAGAUUGGGAAAAAGAUCGGUGAAGGUUCUUUUGGUGUGCUGUUUGAAGGUACCAACAUGAUAAAUGGCAUGCCAGUUGCGAUCAAAUUCGAGCCAAGGAAAACCGAGGCACCUCAACUGAAGGAUGAAUACAGGACAUACAAGAUCAUGGCAGGAACGCCAAAUGUCCCACAAGCAUACUAUUUCGGUCAAGAAGGAUUACAUAACAUCCUGGUUAUCGACCUUUUGGGUCCUUCACUUGAGGAUCUUUUUGACUGGUGUGGAAGGAAGUUUUCAGUCAAGACAGUUGUACAAGUUGCUGUCCAAAUGAUUACUUUGAUAGAAGACCUGCACGCGCAUGACUUAAUUUAUAGAGAUAUCAAACCUGACAAUUUCUUGAUAGGAAGACCUGGACAACCGGAUGAGAAUAAAAUCCACUUGAUCGAUUUCGGUAUGGCUAAGCAAUACAGAGAUCCAAAAACUAAACAACACAUCCCCUACAGAGAAAGGAAGUCCUUAAGUGGUACGGCUAGAUACAUGUCUAUCAACACACAUUUGGGUAGGGAGCAAUCCAGAAGGGAUGAUAUGGAAGCCUUAGGCCAUGUCUUCUUUUAUUUCCUAAGAGGACAAUUGCCUUGGCAAGGUCUGAAGGCUCCUAACAACAAGCAAAAGUACGAAAAGAUUGGUGAGAAAAAGAGAACCACUAACGUAUACGAUUUAUCGAAUGGGUACCCAGUGCAAUUUGGUAGAUACUUGGAAAUUGUGAGGAGUUUAUCUUUCGAGGAAACUCCUGAUUACCAAGGAUACAGAAAGUUACUAUUGUCAGUGCUUGACGAUAUGAACGACUCUGCUGAUGGUACCUACGACUGGAUGAAAUUGAAUGGCGGACGUGGUUGGGACUUAACGAUAAACAAGAAGCCAAACCUACACGGAUACGGCCACCCAAAUCCACCAAAUGAUAAGAGGAGACAUAAAAAUAAGAUGACCAAUCCUUUACAGCAACUUGCCGGUCAACAACAAGGACAAUACCCUGACCAAACCCACCAUAAUCAAAUACAAUCCCAUCAAGCUGGUAUUGGUGGAAACGCUGACAAUGCUAACCAGAUGCAAAACAAGAGAAACCUAGACCCCACAUCGUACGAGGCCUAUCAACAGCAGCUGCAACACAAAUACAACCAACAAACCCAAAGGCAACAGCGUCAACAGCCACCAGCUAUGCAAGGACAACGUGUUCAGGACAAUGGGGGACUACGGAAUUAUAACAAUGCACAGGCCCAAGAUCUCCAAGGAAACAGAUAUAGACAGCAACAAGAACCUAUGGUACAACCACCUAACAACCCUGCGCAAGCUACUCCAAACAACCGUCAACAAUUCCAACAGCAUACCGAACAGGUUGAACAAGAUUACACCACUACCAGCUCCGAGAAGGGUUUCUUUCAGAAACUGGGCUGCUGUUAG